CCCGGAGCCGGAGCGGCGGGCGCGGUAGCCGGCUGCGGGUGAGUCAGAGCCGCCCGGGGAGGCCGGGCCGGACAUGAGCCGCGCCGCCGGGCUGCGAGCGGCGGCCGGAGGCUGAGCCACAAAAGAAGUUUCCCCGUUGGCGCGGCGCAGGAGCUCCCUGAUGCACGCUCCCGGCCGCCGGCCGUGGGGCUCUGCCCGGCAGCCGCCCGCCGCCGAGCCCGGCGCGGAGCCCCGAGCGGCGCUGCACAGCAGCCCGGACCUCAGCCGGGCCACGCGGCUCAGCGUGGGCGAGCUGCGCUCCCUGUUCGAGGCGCGCUGUGCCGCGGUCGCCGCCGCCGCCGCCCGGCAGCUGCCCGACCCGGCGAAGCGGGGCUGCCGGCCCCCCAACGGCGUGAUGCCGCCCGUCAUCCCGCGCCUCACCGUCACCGCCGAGGAGAGCGAGGAGUCGCAGGGCGGCCCCAAGGCGCCGCCGGCGCACCCGGAGGGCGGCUGGCUGAGGACGGACAGCUCGCUGCACCUGCAGUCCCGUAGGCUGUCCACCUCCUCGCUCUCCUCCACGGGCUCCUCGUCCCUCCUGGAGGACUCGGAGGACGAUGUGCUGAGCGACACGGAGGGCAGGAGCCAGGGCAUCGUGCACCUGGAGCGCGGAGAGGAAUCCAGCCAGAAAAAGGCAUGGCACACAAUUAAAACCAUGGUUAACUUACCAGUGAUUAGCCCCUUCAAGAAACGCUACUCAUGGGUGCAGCUGGCUGGGCAUACAGGGAGUUUCAAGGCAGCUGAUAGUGGUAAGAUUCUCAAACGCUUCUCAGAGAAUGAAAAGGAAUGUUUUGAGCGAUUAAUGAAAGACCCUCUACGAUCCUGCGUCCCUUGCUUCCAUGGUGUAGUGGAGAGAGAUGGAGAGACCUACAUUCAGCUGGAUGACUUGCUUACUGAUUUUGAAGGGCCGUGUGUAAUGGACUGUAAGAUGGGAAUCAGGACGUACCUGGAAGAAGAGCUGACGAAAGCCCGUGAGAAACCAAAGCUGCGUAAAGACAUGUACAAGAAAAUGAUUGAAGUGGAUCCUCUUGCUCCCACAGCUGAAGAGAAUGCUCAGCAUGCUGUCACCAAGCCCCGAUACAUGCAGUGGAGGGAAACAAUCAGCUCUAGUGCCAACCUGGGCUUUAGGAUCGAAGGGAUUAAGAAAGCAGAUGGAACGUGCAACACAAACUUCAAAACUACGAAGACACAGGAGCAAGUGCUCCAGGUUUUUGUGGAAUUCAUCGAGGGCAACACAAUUAUUUUGAAAAAAUACCUCAAGCGUCUGCAGGAAAUUCAUAUCAUUCUUGAAUCCUCAGACUUCUUCAAGCGACAUGAGGUGAGCGGUCGUAGGAAGUUCACUACUUUUUGUACAUGAUGGCAAUGGGAAUGCCAACGUGUGGCUGAUUGAUUUUGGGAAGACCACCCUUCUCCCUGAUGGGCAGACACUGGAUCAUAGGAUCCCCUGGCAAGAAGGCAACAGGGAGGAUGGGUACUUGUUGGGACUGGACAAUUUGAUUCGCAUCUUGGAAAGCAUCACGGAAAGAUGAGUUGAAAGUGGCACAAAACUUACAGGGCUGCUUUGUAACAAACUUUCUUCUCUGCUGAGAUCACUCAGAAGGAAACCGCUUUAACUAGCUCCCUUCAAACUCCUGAGGUCAUCACAGUGCAGAGGGAAAUGCAUCCAGAACCCAGCAGCUAGUUUUUGAAAUGACUUUGCAUCAGCCCUCUGUGAACUAAACAGCUAACUCCAGAUUGGUCUGUAUUGCACCAACCUAAUGUAAGACUGGUCCUCAGAGAAUCAAGAUCUCCAUACUCAGGAAUCACACCAGCAUGAGUCAAGAGGUCUGUAUGGUAAACCAGAAAGACUGUGAUUUCUGGUAAACUGAUGGGUUUAUCUCUCAGUGAUCCAGAGCAAGUGCUUGGGAAUUCAAGGGGGGAGUAACAACGUUUCAGGGAACUGGAUAGUUUUGAAACCAGCAGGAGUGUUUUUUUCCUUUCGCCCUUAUUCCAAGUCUUCUUGCUCCUGUGUAUAUUAUAGGUUGGACUAACAACAGCUGCUGCCUUAUGUUAUAGGUGUACUCAAGGUGGAAGUUGGUGAUAAUCAGAAGAAUCCUGGAGCAAAGUGAGACAGCAGUUUGUAGUGGCUGUAUGUGGUAACUGUUGUUGAUUAGUCCUCCUCAUCCCCACCCUAGCCUCAAUUCACUUCUGUCCAAGAGCAGCCUCUGCUUUUUUAUGUAGCCUCUCAGGAGAUUACAGAUAGCCCAGGGAGCGAGUAGCAGCCUGUUGUAUCCAGAAACAUUUGACUUUCAGACUAGGUGGGCUGUUGGAAAAGUGCCUGGCUUGGCAGGUUUGGCCUCUUGCAGCUCAACUACAGCUGUGAAAAUCAGUGAUAACACUCUAGCACUCAGACUGGGGAACUAAGGGGUUUUUCAAGGCAUGCUCAUUUUUAACAUAAAACCGCUGUACACAUGCACAUAGAUGCACACACUAGCAGCCAGUAACCAAUGUGAUCUUUUAAAGAUCAUAGUUUGACUAUCUUCUGAUGCACGUGAAAGAGGUGAUUUCUUGGCCAUGCUCCUGUUUCCUAGUACAAUGCUGCCACUUAAGUGUGUAGACUUCUUAUAUAAGUACUUUUAUAUACGAGUGUAUAGAGCAGAAAUCAGGAGGGAAAAGUUUUUGCAUUCACAGCAUUACACUAAUGAUAAUUCCUAGAUGUUCCUCCUCCAGUAUAUCAGCUGUUAACUCAGGGCAGUUUGGGGGGAGGGAAUGUCAAUAUAUCACAUCCCUUAGUCCCUGUCUGGAAUCACAGGACCACUUGUGGUUGACUCUCUUCUGCUGUGGCCGAGGGACAGCCACAAAAAAACUCACAGUGAUUCACAGUGUUUAGGUUAAAAUGAGGAAGACUGAAGUGAUAGUUCUUGUAAUGGCUUCACGUACCAUUUCUGUUGGUUGCCUCUUGUCACUUUAUCAGUUCUAUAAAUAUAACAGGAUGUAAUGACUUAUCAGUAUUCACCUGUUCACUUACAUUCCAGGCUUUAAUAUAAAUAUAUGUUGAUGCAGUUUCCAAAAUAAGGACAAGGCUUAGAUUAGUGUUUGAUUAAUUCACUCCUAACAUCAUGAGCUGGUAAUGCACAUCAAUCAGCGAUGGCUGUCUCUUGCGAGUGUCCUCUGCUCAGAAGAGAUUCCAAGAAUUCUGGGAUGGAUAAAGGUAACUUGGUGCUUGGGGGAGCAGCUUUUUCAAGAGUAACUAACUGUGACCAUGAGCAAAAGUCCCAUAGAGUGUAGCCCUGGAAUGAAAUGCAUCUGUAACAUUUGUAAUUUGAAUCAAAGGGAAAUCAGAGAGUUACUUUUGAUUACAGACUCUUGUUCUACGAGAUCAGAUUCAAGAACUUAUUCUUCACCUCUAAACAAAACAGCAGUAUUAAAAAUGCAAUUAUGCCCUAAAGGUUAGAGGACAUAGAAUGGGUAUCCUGUGGGAUAUAAUGAAGUGCGGAGACAUUUCCUUGUCAAACAGGUUGUUUGAAGCUUUGUUAAUUAUUUUUGCAGUUCAUUGCAAAUUCAGACUUCUUCUGUGGCCUUCUUGAGUCCUUCUUAAUUCAUUUCCAUGAUAGUGUGCAAAUGAAUUCUCCACUGUUUUUUUUUCUUUUCCAGAGUUUUUUUUAGCUAUUUCAAAGAGUUUACACUUAGUUUGUUUUUUAAGUUGAGGUGAGCUUCAGUAUUGAGCAUGCAUGUUGUAUUUUAGAUGUCUCCUAACUUUGGGAUUGCUGUGAGAUAACAAAUUAAUCUGCGUUGAUUUUCAUACUAUUAAUUAAGAAAAAAGUCCUCCUUUUUUGCAGCCAACAGGUAAACUACGUGCUAGCAGUGCUUAAGGAGGAAAAAGGAGUAAAUAAAUCUCACAGGAGGGACCUUUAAUAACGCGGCCUUUUCUGUAAGACUGCAGUUUCAGGGGUUUGGAAAAAAAAAAACAAAAAAACAGAACUGGAAAAGGUUAAAUAAAGGAUAAAGUAUAAUGAGACAGUGAGGGUGAUACAAUUAAUGAGUGGUUUGCCUAAUUAACUUUCAUUAAUUCUUUAUUCUGUUAACACAUGAGAACCUUUUGCACCAGUGCAAGUUAUUUUCUGGAUGGGGGGUGGGAUUUAGAGGGUAAAAGUUAGCUGAUACUCCAGUGUCACUUGAGAAUGUGUCAUGGACUUUUAGAAUUGAUGUCUUGUUUUAAAGUAGAAGCAACUUGGUAGUGGUAGCUUCAAAAACCUGACUGCUGCUGGCACCUCUGAGGGUGGUUUGUAGAACCUGGUCUUGGAGACAACAAGAGAACCUCUUCAGAACUGUGCAGUAGGUGAGAAGAUGGAAAAGGGGAGGGGAGAAAGAGAACCUCAGCUAUAGCAGUCCUUGUUCUGGAAAUUCAUUCUAGAUGUUAAAUAGAUACUAAAUAGUUCUAGCAAGUUUGUUUUGAAAUGAAGUUUUGGCUUAUCGAAGGGCUAGAAAGGAAGAAACCACAAUCUAAUAUUCUGCUGCUGUUACAGGAAAGGUGCAAAGGAAAGGAGCUUUUCUUUAGCAAAUGGCAAGUGUAGGACUACAGAUGUGAGGACUGGAGCUCUCAGGGGAUGGAGGCUGUGAGAUCAUGAGCAAAUGAUUGCAGGGUAAGUUAAGUUAGAUAACCUUGAUUCACAUCAGAAGUCCCUGAGUGCCUCUUUGUGUACAUUCACGUGCUGCUGUGAGGAAGCUGUAUAGUUUUGUUUUGCUAUGGAGUAACUUGCCUUGAACAAGCUUACAUUUGUUUGAGAUCAACAUGCACAGGCAUUUGCCAUCUAAGAGCUGAUGCAUGGCAACCUAGGCACAUGUAAGUUCAGAACACAGUUCUUUAAAUGCUUCCACUGGGAUAGUGCCUCACUCUGGAGACACUGAAAUCACGUGUUUCCACAUGGGAACAUACACUUGUCCAUGCUCAGAGCAGCAAACCUUUGGUUUAUGCACUAAGGUCACUGAGCUCUCUAGUUAGAUGCAGCAGAGUUCAGUUCUGUAGCUGCAUGCAUCUAGCAGAAGGACUUCUCUUCCCCAGCUUUGAUAGCAACUUGCGUUUUGGCCUUGGGCAGCUCUCCUUGGCCUGUUCUGUUCCUCUUUCACCGAUGGUAAUAGUACCUCCUUAUCUCAUAGAAUGGUAUGAGGCUGUACUUCAUUUUUGCCUGCAAGAUGCCAUGAGGUUCUUUGGUGGAAGGUGCAAUAUAAAAAGAAGUACACAAAGAAGUACAUUGGAUAAGUUUAAAAAUGAUAGGUGUUAAGAUUCCCCAUGGAUAUACAUUGGGAUUAAGUUUAACCAAAGUGGUGCAAAUUAAAUGCCUCUGUAUUUUGCACGUGGAGUAUUCACUGACCAUCUGAUUCUGAUUCUGUUCGGAUGAUUGGGAAAGAUUUCAGUGGGAUUUGGACUAAACCCUGGAGUAUCUCACAGGGCUCUUGCUUCCUUUUUUUUUGUUUGUUUGUUUUUGUUUUUAAUUGGUGUCAUUAUUUUUUAUUAUUCUGACAGUACUGAGAUCAAAUGGCCUGUAUCAUCAACAGUGCUUCUGUUCUGAACACUACAAUGCAAUGCUGACUGUGGUCACUUUUGACUGUAUUGGCUGAGUGUUUGUUACUCUUAAGUGUGUAUGCUAAUAAAUACAUGAGACUGAAGGAAAAAAGGGCAUCCAUGGUGAUUUGGUCACACAAGAAUAAUAUUUUCUUAAAGAACUUCGCUAUGCAAGGAACAAAACCUUGUUAUUUUAGUGUUUCUUGUGGCUUUAGGCUCUAAUAUCCACUAUUUCCUGAAAUAAAACUGGUUCUAAGACA